AUGGAAUUGAUGAACGCGCUGCCGGAAGACUGUCUCUCCUUAAUCCUCUGUUUCACUUCACCACAGGACGCCUGCCGAUCAUCGGCGGUCUCCCCCGAGUUUCAUUCCGUUGCCCAAUCCGACACCGUCUGGCAGAAUUUCCUCCCUUCCGAUUACCGCCGCAUUAUCGCCGAUUCCGUUCCCGCCCUCCAAUUCUCCUCCAAGAAGGAGCUCUACCGCAAGCUCUGCGACUCUGUUCUCGUCGACGGCGGCCGAAAGAGGUUGAAGCUGGAGAAAUUGUCCGGGAAGAAAUGUUACGAAUUGUCGGCCAGAGAUCUUUCCAUAACUUGGAGCAGUGAAUCGAUGUACUGGACUUGGACUCCGCUUCCUGAAUCAAGGAGAGUGAUUAAUCACGCCUUCAAUCCGAUUCUUUCCUACCAGUUUCCUGACAAAAUCAACACUCAAAUGCUAACUCCCAACACCAAAUACGGAGCCUACCUCGUACUCAAAUUAUCCAACCGGGCUUUUGGCCUUGAUCUGAUGCCAUCCGAAGUCUCGGUUCAAGUCGGUAACAAAGAACAGUGUCAAAACACGGCGUACCUACGGCGACAGAAAAACAGCCACGUGGAGUUUAUGGAAACGUUGAUGUAUGGACACCGGACGGAGGCGCUGAAGUCGAUGGUGGCCGCCGGUGGGGGAGAAGGGAGGUUGCCGGCGGAGAGGAAGGACGGGUGGCUGGAACUUGAGAUUGGGGACUUCUUUAACAAGGAGAAGAGUGAGGAAGUGAAGAUGGUCUUGAAGGAAGUGGAGGGCCACCAUAUGAAAGGUGGGCUUAUUGUCCAUGGCAUCGAAAUAAGGCCCAAACACUGA